AACGCGGUCCAUCGUCUUAGCCGCCACGAUACCUCAGGUAUUAAUCGUCUUGCCAGUACUUUUCGGACCCAGGACGCCACUUCCAAGGUCCGUGCGCACACUCUAGUUGACGUCCACGAAGCACUGCAUCAACAAUCCAGGAACCUGACUCAUCAGCUUAGAUACUAUCCGCCUCCCCCUGCUGGCUACUACCUUUCUCUACCAACUGGUGUCCACCGAACCGGACUUUAUGCUUCCGGACCAGCUUCUAUAUCAACUUCACCUUUGUCGCGCGCCUCCCUUGGUCAUAUAUCCCAGGUCGGCGACCUAGUUGCCGGUCGUUUUCGCUUCACAUUGCCUGCACGCCAGUCAUUCUGGCAGGCGACUGCCACGGAGCUGCCUGCCACCGCUGCCUCUUCCCUUGUUAGUUCUGAUUCAUCAAAGACAUCCAGCUCGAUGCAUGUAUCGCGCCAUCUGUCGACCUCAUCAGAUGUCUUGCGACUCAGCACUUCCCCUCCCUCUUCACCAAUAGAUGAACUCGGGUAUAAUGUUGGCGAUCCCUGCCUCUCAAUUUAUGCUGGUGAUGAUGUCACCGACAUGGAUGCUAGUGUCACUUCUGGAAGGAGUGAUUUUGGGCUUCGCCAAUCGGCUAGCGGCACAAAUACACCCACACCAAUACCUAUUUCUACUUCGAAAUUCGAUUCCACUCGCAUAUUAGAUUCCAAUACGCUUUUCACUACUGAUAAAAACGGUACUCCGACCAGCCUUCGAUCUAGCCCCAAGACCACAGCCGAUCUCUUUAAACCAGCUUUAUCCUUCUAUUCUGUUUGCACUCCUCAGAUUCCUGAAUCAUCUGAGGUUUCUUUGCGCUCCUUUUGUCAGUCGGCUGCAAUGGGCUUGGACACUAUAUCAUCUCCAACUACCCUCUCUUCCUCUUUUCCUCUUGCUUCUACUGCCGCUUACUAUUCCUGCCUUCCCUCUAUUCCUGCCUCCACAAUCUGUUCAACAUCUGUGCAGAACCCUCCAUCUGUCUCCACUCUUACUAGGGUGCAUCGUAUACGCUUGGCUCGAAAUCAUAGUAAUGUCCAUGAUACAGCCGUUUCACCAGAAGUACACUCUUCAACGACAUCGGCCUCAAAUUCAUCUUAG